UCUUAUGUCCAAAGUUGUCAGCUCGGGGCGGCUGGGGGGCGCACUCGCGUUGCUAAUACCCCAUGCUCUCCCCCUCAGACCAGCAAACAGACUCGGUACGAGUCACAGUCCUCUUUGGGAGCAGCAGCUCUGAGGCUACCUUCCCUUUUCUCUUCUUCGACUCUUUCUGUCUCAGAAUUAGGCAGUUGAAGGGGCAAUUGCGCGCACACCGAUUGGUGCAGCGCACCUGGUGUUGAAUCAGCUGGGACUGGUGCCGUGGUGAGAGGGGGUUCAAUUGGUUGUGCGUUGCGGUACAGACAGUUCAGUAGUUACAGUGAGAACCUGCAAACAGGGAAGUUUUAGUUUAGACUGGCGUAAUUCAGACUGAUGAGCUAAGUCAAGCUUGGUGCUUCUUUCGGUGGCCGUGGUGGGUGUCUUCGAGACUGGAACCACGGUACCUGUCUCCGAUAAAAGCAGGUCCAAUGACCCGCUUUCAUCUGCAGGGGAUGGAAGCGACUGCCACUACCAUGGUGGUUACGGCUCUCUUGGUCUCUCUGUUCAUGGUGCAAGCAGCAGCUACUAGUGCACCUGCAACCUCGCCUGCUCCUUCACACCCUUUCUUCGGAAACCGAACGACUGGAAACCAUCCUCCGGGGCACGGCGGUCAUCCUCAAGGAACUGGACGUCAUGGAUAUGCAUGGAGCAAGUGGAGAGCCUACAUCGCUCUGCAAUGCUGGAAGAAGGCUAUCACCGAAGAUCCCAACAAUAUCCUUGCGAGUUGGAAUGGGAAGGAUGUCUGCAGUUACAAAGGAGUAUAUUGUGCUCCUCCACCUGAUCCCAAGUACUCUUACCUCACGGUUGUAGCCGCAAUCGAUUUGAACGGUGCGCAACUGAAGGGUACUUUGGUGCCGCAGUUGGGCGAACUUCGAGAGAUUGCUCUGUUCCACUUGAAUAGCAAUCGAUUCUAUGGAGGAGUGCCAGAUUCAUUCCGAUACAUGAAGUUGUUGACUGAACUGGAUCUUAGCAACAACCAGUUGGGCGGGGACUUUCCGAAAGUCGUCUUGGCCAUCCCCAAGUUGGCUUUCUUGGAUCUCCGCUUUAACACGUUCUAUGGCAAGCUGCCGAGUGAGCUGUUCUCAAAGCGUACUUUACAAGUGAUCUUUGUGAACAACAACAAUUUUGAAGGUACUAUGCCGAGCAACUUCGCUCAGUCCGAAGUCGCUGCCCUUGUGCUUGCCAACAACAAGUUUCAAGGAAACAUUCCUAAGACCAUUAAUAAUAUGAGCAACACCCUGUACGAGAUUCUGGCUUUGGGCAACGAAUUCGAUGGUGGAAUUCCUGACGGUAUUGGUAAUUUGAAAAAUCUCCUGCUCUUCGACUACAGUUCCAACAAAAUCAACGGAGGGUUGCCAGAUAGCCUUCAAAAUUUGCAGGCUCUCGAAAUAUUCAACAUGAGCAAGAACUAUAUGGGCGGAGCAGUGACUGCCGAGAUCUGUCAGCUGAAAAAUUUGUCGGCUCUAGCUCUCAGCGACAACUACUUUAAUAGUCUUGCGUCUGCAUGUAAACAGAUUAAUCAAACGGUGUUGAAUGUCACUGGAAAUUGCCUUUUUGCCGAUAAAAUUCCUGAUCAGAAGGAUAAGGAUACAUGCGCAAGGUUUUACGGGUGGAGUCCACCUCCUCCUCCUCCAUCCCCCCCACCACCUUCCCCUCCUCCUCCUUCUCCCCCACCACCUUCCCCUCCUCCUCCUUCUCCCCCACCACCUUCCCCUCCUCCUCCACCUCCAUGCCCCUAUGGUUACCAACCCGGCAAGUAUUCGGGCACUUGUUUCAUGCUUGUCACGCAUUGCAAGACCUGGGAGUACGCCGAACAUUACUGCAACCAGCAAUCGGGCGGUCACUUGGCUGCCGUGGCUGACUGGGACGAGCUGAAGGAUGUUGGCGAGCUCUGCGCACAAUCAAACGUAACAGUUCAGGGUGACUCGAGCGAUCCUAAGGGACUUGGUUGCUACGUAGGUGGAAGGAGACCUUGCAAUCUCUCACCUGCGACGAAUGGAUGGAACUAUCCAGGUUCUCCUUGCAUUGAUGUCCCGUCUCUGUGGAACAUGGGAGAGCCUAACAACUACGGAGGUCAAGAGGCCUGCCUUGGAGUUAAGUACGAAUCCGAUGCCCAGGCUUAUGACAACAGCUAUCUUCCUUUCAUGCUCAACGACUUGAGAUGUGAUAUCCAGCUUCCGUUUAUCUGCACCUUGACGCGCUGUAGCGACUAUGGAUGUGGGAUGUCCAAGACUUGCAAGACUCUAGGCGACCACAACUCUACGUGUAGCUGGGACGACAGUGCUGCCGUUGGAUACAAAUGCCAGUGUAGUGAAGGUUACUUUUCGGAUGAUUCUGGUACUUGUUCCCCCAAGUAAGUUAUUUUCUUUGUCAAGUUCAGUACUGAUACCAGGUGUGUGAGGAUACCCAAGCUGCCAAAAACGCGGCAAAGGCGGAUGGAAUGGAUGAUCAGUUGCUGUAACUACUUCACUUCGACGAAUUUGGAUUAGCAGCAGUCGAUGGUGGUGUUCUAGCCAUUAGGGGUUUAACAGAUCAGGGAGGGUUGUUAUUAGUCAGGGCAAUCGAAGACUGUUCAUCGCCUGCGUCUAACACUUUCAAUUCCCACACAUACGGGGGGUUGGGACUUCGAAGUGGGUUUGAAUAAUUAGCAACAGCCAUUUAUUGAUAUCUACCAUUUAGUUGAUAUCUUGAGGUGGUGAGCUUCAAAAAGGAUAAUGGAGCCCUGCGGCUACGACUGCACCCAGUUCGAAUGAGUUGCCCCACUGCCGAACCUCUGGCUGUGAAUAGAUUCUUUUAGAGUUUUCUUUUUCUUGUGAAUGUGGUAUUAUGUUGACACCACAAACGUUUUAUCUUGUUUGUUACCAGCUUUCAAUAAGACAUCUGGGGGCAGCUGUUUAAUUUUCACUGAACCAAUCCUUCGUGA